UAAGAGGAGGCACUCUACCGUGAUAAAUUCACCAUCGCCUUCGCCGUUGUCGCCCGAGUGGGGUGGCAGCGGAGAAAGUGCACUAACUUUAUAUAUCCGUGCGACGGGGCCAUCGUACGCAUUUUCGAUACCGCUGUCGCUAAUUGCGAAUACGCGCAAUCUCGUGACACAGAAAAUAUAUAGUCACAAAAUCGUCACGGCCCUCGCGCGCAGGAUCUUAGAGAAGAUGAUGCUGAUCGGACUCGUAUUGUUCGCUAUGUGGGCCAGAAUCGCCGUGUCGGAGCUGCCUCCUGGAGUAACGUCGUGUCCACGAACAAACAACUUGCCGGAAUACAAUAAGUGUGUCUUAAAGCAGCUGCAAACGCUCACGCCGUACCUCGCUAAGGGAGUACCUUCUUUGAAACUACCUGCUUUAGAACCUUUGUUUUUGCCAUCCUUGACUAUAGAUAGAAAUCUAGAAUCCUUGAAAAUCAAGGCCAACAUGAGUCAGAUUCGCAUUUACGGCGGCACGAAUUACGUCGUGCAGGAUCUCAAAGCGAAUCCCAAUGACCUAACGGUUUUCAUCAAGGCUCGACUGCCUCAUAUGUAUGUAAGCGGCGAUUAUGACGUUCAGGGUAGACUAUUACUGCUGCCUCUGAGCGGACUUGGUAACUUUAAAGGAAAUUUCACUGAUACUGAUGUCCAAGUAAGCGCGCAAGGCAAAGAAAUUACUGAUAAAAACGGCGUGCAGAGAUUAGAGAUCACUAAAUUAAUUACUAAACUUCGCGUCGGGAAUGGAAACAUUGUACUGAAGGCACCUCCUCAAUACACGUUAGCCGCUGAUGCCGCCUCAACAUUCUUCAACGCUAAUCCCCGCCUAGUCCUGGAUAUAGCCAGUCCAAUAAUCGAGGAUACAGCCGCGACUGUGAGCAAAGCUCUAGCCGCUAGAGCACUCAGUGUUCUUACUAAGAAAGAACUUCUUCCAUAGUUCUUAAACAGCCGUGCUUUAUUUUGCUCGAUACAUCGUUUGAUCUUUCAAAAAGGAAGGAUAGAAGGGGCGAAUAUUACCAUGAGUAUUGUCGAUAUGAUUUAGGUUUUAUCUAAUUUUUUUAUCGCGUAAUGUGGUAAUUUCAGUCAGUCGGUGUAGUAUAUAGAGUUGUUGUUUUAUGUCCAAAGAAAAUAUUUUAUUAAUCAUAUUGUGCAGUAUUGGAGAGAUAUUCUUACAUUUUUGCAUGUAAACAAAUAUUGAAAUGUUUCUGCCUUUAUUACAGCAGGAAGACACAGUAAUUGUAAAACGAUAAGCCGACGUUUCCUGUUUACUUCACAAAUUGUUAUUUACAUAUUUGCUUGUUAUAUCUAAUUUUGUUAGAUGAUAGAUUAAAACUAUUUUGCAUACAUAAAUAUUAUAGGUAUAUUGUAUACGAUCAAUAAAAAGAUUAUUAUAAUUA